GAAAUUAAAAUAAGCGAAAAUUUAAGAUUUUUAUGAUUUUUAUGGAAGAAAAAGAGCUCAGAUCAGCUGAGUCAGCGGGUAUGUUUUGGCUGUUGUUGUUGGUCACAAUGUCGCGUCAGUGAAAAACCUUGAUGACUAUAAACGAAAAAAUCUAUCCAACUUAUUGUGCGUAUUGGUUGGCGGUGGCGGCGUCGACAAGGCGACUGACUGUGCAUAUACAUGCGUGCUAUUGUAUUGGUGAACGCUUGUAUCGCAUAAAAUUUUGUUUGUGGCAUUUGUGUUAGAUGCGAAAGUGUAGAAGUUGAAGUGGAAUCAAAGGCCGGCCAAACGCAAAUUGUGAGUGUAUGCGUGAAAAGAUACAAAGUGAGAUGUGAGAUAUUACAUAAAAUGCUAAUAAAAGUGCAGAAAAUCACAUACAUACAUACAUGCAAUUCAUAAAAAGUAUAAUAUGUGAAAAAUAAAGAAAAAUAUUUGAAGAAUGGAAUACAAUCUGAUAUGUUUGGAGUCCUGUCAAGAAGGCAAUGCACUACGAAUUUAAAAACUUAUUCUAAUUGAAUGCGAAAACGCAAUGUUGCCAACAUCUUGUGUGUGAAAAAAAACUAGGCGAGUGAAAAAUAAAUAUUAACGACAGCAAGUCUUUGGAAACGUGUAAAGGCGAAAAUGUCAGUAAUGUCAAAUAUGGAACAGCCUAGCAACCCCUGUGAAGCGCAUUUAAUUGCGGCCACCGCCGAAAUCGAAGCGCUGAAGCAAGCUCUCCUCGGAAAGCAUAAUCAAAUUGUUGCCAUGGAAGCGGCAUGCAUGCAGGAAACCGAGCGUCAAGUCGAAUUGGAGGAUAGUGUCAUUGCGUGGCAAGACAAAUACGAUCGUUUGUAUGAAUCGCAUAAGCGCGUGCAAAAGGUGAAUCAGAGCUUGGAGGACAAGCUGUUGAAAUUGGUGGAUCGGAACACUGGCGAGAAAGCGCAAUUGACCAGCGAUGUGGCAACACUGAGCGUACGCUUAGCCCAGGCGAAUUUCAACAUAGCCAAAUUGCAACGAGAAAUUUGCACUAUGCCCAACCCUGGUGGACAGCUUCACGGCGAAAUCGAAGAGAAUGGCUAA